ACAUUAACGGACGAUGAGAUUAGUGAUGCUAUCGAUAAUGGCGACAUAUUCGAGAAAACAAAAGGGAUUCUUCUUGCCUAUAGUGACAAGAAGGCACUUUUCGAAGAUGUGAAAACCAGAAGGGAUGAAUUGUUCGAGAUUGAGAAGGUCAUACGCGAGUUAGGAGAAAUGUUCGUCGAUCUGAGUAACCUUGUCCUCAGUCAGGGUGAGAUGCUCGACAGGAUUGAGGCCAAUGUUGAGGAUGCCGUUGACUAUGCCGAGAAAGCGAAACAUAACGUGAAGGGUGCUCGCGAACUGCAAAAGAAAGCUCGGAAGAAGAAGAUUCUCAUAUGUAUCCUGAUUGCUGUGCUGGUUCUUGUCCUAAUACUGUUCAUACAGUCAAUGGUCUGCCAUUUCACUCCGAUUUGUUGA